GCGGCUGGCUCGGGCACCGCCACCUGGCUACUGGCGCGUUUUUCCCCGCGGGGGGCUGCGAGACCUGGUCGCCGCGACAGACUCUGAGCAGGGAAAGUGGGGGUGCGACCCCAGGCUCACGCGGCCCCGCCCCCGCAGCCGGCCGGCCUGCCGCAGCCGGGGGCCCGAGCUCCGCCCUCCACCCGCCCGCCCGGCUGCCUCCUCCCUCCUCCUCGCUCGCUCCCUCCCCCGGGCGGGCUCGGCGCUGACUCCGCCGCACGCUGCAGCCGCGGCUGGAAGAUGGCGGGGAACGACUGCAGCGCGCUGCUGGAUGAAGAGCUCUCGUCCUUCUUCCUCAACUAUCUCUCCGACACGCAGGGUGGGGAAUCCGGGGAGGAACAGCUGUGUGCUGACUUUCCAGAGCUCGACCUCUCCCAGCUGGACACCAGUGACUUUGACUCAGCCGCGUGCUUUGGGGAGCUGCAGUGGUGCCCCGAGACUUCAGAGACAGAGCCCAGCCAGUACAGCCCUGAUGACGCCGAGCUCUUCCAGAUUGACAGUGAAAAUGAAGCUCUCUUGGCUGAGCUCACCAAGACCCUGGAUGACAUCCCCGAAGAUGAUGUGGGGCUGGCUGCCUUCCCGGGACUGGAUGAAGGAGACCCACCAUCCUGUGUCCCAGCUUCACCUGCCCCUUUAUCGGAGCCCCCCAGCCCCGCCCUGGAGAGGCUUCUGUCCCCAGUGUCUGAAGUGGAUGAUGAGCUUUCACUGCUGCAGAAGCUCCUCCUGGCCACAUCCUCCCCAACAGCAAGCUCUGACGCUCUGAAGGAGGGGGCCACCUGGUCCCAGGCCAGCCUCAGGUCCAGAAGUCAGCGGCCUUGUGUCAAGGUGGAUGGCACCCAGGACAAGAAGACCCCCAUGCUGCGGUCUCAGAGUCGGCCUUGCACAGAACUGCAUAAACACCUUACCUCGGUGCUGCCCUGCCCCCAAAUGAAAGCCUGCUCCCCAACCCCACGCCCAAGUCCUCAGCUCCUCUCCAAGGAGGAUGAGGAGGUGGGGGAGGAUUGCCCAAGCCCCUGGCCAGCUCCAGCCUCUCCCCACGAAUCCCUAACACAGGACAGGGCCAGCCCUAACUGUGCCCAGGCUCCUCAGGAGGAUGUGAGGUCCAUGGUACAGCUCAUUCGCUACAUGCACACCUACUGCCUGCCCCAGAGGAAGCUGCCCCAACAGGCUCCAGAGCUGGUUCCCCAGCCCUGUAGCAGCCCCUCCAGGCAGAUCCCACCCAGGUCCCGGCAUCCUCCCAAAGCCUUCUGGACUGAGUUCUCCAUCCUAAGGGAACUUCUGGCUCAAGACAUCCUCUGUGAUGUCAGCAAGCCCUACCGCCUGGCCACACCUGUCUAUGCUUCCCUCACACCCCAGUCCAGGCCCAGGCCCCCCAAAGACAGUCAGACCUCCCCUGCCCACUCUGCCAUGGCAGAAGAGGUGACAAUCACUGCUUCCCCCAAGAGCUCUGGGCCUAGACCCAGCCUGCGCCCUCUGAGGCUGGAAGUGAAGCGGGAUGUCAGUCAACCUGCCAGGCAAAAGCAAGAGGAAGAUGAGGAAGAAGAGGAAGAGGAGGAAGAAGAAGAAGAAGAAAAAGAGGAGGAGGAAGAGGAGUGGGGCAGGAAGAGACCAGGCCGUAGCUUGCCAUGGACCAAACUAGGGAGGAAGCUUGAUAGCUCUGUGUGCCCGGUGCGGCGUUCCAGGAGACUGAAUCCAGAGCUGGGCCCCUGGCUGACAUUCACCGAUGAGCCCCUAGGUGCUCUGCCCUCGAUGUGCCUGGCUACAGAGACCCACAACCUGGAAGAGGAACUGGGCAGCCUCACAGACAGUCGUCAAGACCAGCAGCUCCCCCAGGGAUCCCAGAUCCCAACCCUGGAAAGCCCCUGUGAGAGUGGAUGUGGGGACACAGAUGAGGACCCUAGCUGCCCACAGCCCCCUUCCAGAGAGUCCCCCAGGUGCCUCACGCUGGCCUUGUCACAAAGCGAUCCUCUUGGCAAGAAGAGCUUUGAGGAGUCCUUGACGGUGGAGCUUUGUGGCACAGCAGGACUCACUCCACCCACCACCCCUCCAUAUAAGCCCAUGGAGGAGGACCCCUUCAAGCCGGACACCAAGCACAGCCCAGGCCAUGACACAGCUCCCAGCCUCCCCUCCCCUGAGGCUCUUCAGCUCCCAGCCACCCCAGGGGCCUCCCACAAGCUGCCCAAGAGACACCCCGAGCGGAGCGAGCUCCUGACCCACCUGCAGCAUGCCACAGCCCAGCCAGUGUCCCAGGCUGGGCAGAAGCGCCCCUUCUCCUGCUCCUUUGGAGACCAUGACUACUGCCAGGUGCUCAGGCCAGAGGCUGCCCUGCAGAGGAAGGUGCUGCGGUCCUGGGAGCCAGUUGGGGUCCACCUUGAGGACUGGCCCCAGCAGGGUGCCUCCCUGCCAACUGAAAGGAAGGCCCCUAGGAGGGAGGCAGCCCAGAGCUGCGACUCUACCCCCAAGGACAGCAUGCAGCUGAGAGACCAUGAGAUCCGUGCCAGCCUCACCAAGCACUUCGGGCUGCUAGAGACCGCUCUGGAGGAUGAAGAUCUGGCUUCGUGUAAAAGCCCAGAGUAUGACACCGUGUUUGAGGACAGCAGCAGCGACGAGAACAGCUUCCUGCUGGAGGAGGAAGAGGAAGAGGAGGAGGAGGAGGAGGAAGGAGAGGACUCAGGGGUCAGCCCUCCCUGCUCUGACCACUGCCCCUACCAGAGCCCACCCAGUAAGGCCAGCCGGCCACUCUGUUCCCGCAGCCGCUCCAGUUCUGGCUCCUCAUCCUGUGGCUCCUGGUCACCAGCCACCCGGAAGAACUUCAGACGUGAGAGCAGAGGGCCCUGUUCAGACGGAACCCCACGCGCCCGGCAUGCCAGGAAGCGGCGGGAAAAGGCCAUCCAGGGUGAAGGCCGUGUGGUAUACAUCCGAAACCUCUCCAGUGACAUGAGCUCUCGGGAACUAAAGAAGCGCUUCGAGGUGUUUGGCGAGAUAGUAGAGUGCCAGGUGCUGACAAGAAGUAAGAGAGGCGAGAAGCAUGGCUUCAUCACCUUCCGGUGUUCGGAGCACGCUGCCCUGUCCCUGAGGAACGGCGCAACCCUGAGGAAGCGUAAUGAGCCCUUCUUCCACCUGAGCUACGGAGGGCUCCGGCACUUCCGCUGGCCCAGAUACACCGACUAUGAUCCCACGUCAGAAGAGGCCCUUCCCUCGUCUGGGAAAAGCAAGUAUGAAGCCAUGGAUUUUGACAGCUUACUGAGAGAGGCCCAGCAGAGCCUGCAUUGAUAUCAGCCUUAACCUUCGAGGAAUACCUCAAUACCUCAGACAAGGCCCUUCCAAUAUGUUUACGUUUUCAAGGAAAUGAGUCUAUGAGAAGGAGAUCGAGCCAAUGAGCGAGCGUGAGAGAACACACGUGAGAGAGAGAGAGAGAGAGAGAGAGAGAGAGAGAGAGAGAG